AUGGCCCCUCCACGCACAGCCAAACAGCCACGUAGGGCGGCCGAGCAGACUACCUCACGUCAAGAUCGCAAUGCCCGCAGACAAGCUGUCGAGGAAGUCGACAAAGACACUGACGCAGACGAACCCAUUGAUGCUGGGUACGAAACCGAAGACAACAACGUCGAUCCCUCCCAGGGCACUGCAGUUCAGAACAUGAGUAUCGGAGUUCUCAGCAACCAGGCGAAAUGCCACAUUGCAAACAAGAAGCAAGUGAAGAAGAAGUUCAGCCUCGCCAAGACCGAAUUGCAAAACAAUAUCAUCACACUCUUCGAAGAGCAUGAAGAACAGGCUGAUACUGCCCACAGCGCUCAGCUGAAGCGCCUCGCCGACCUCAUUGCCCUGAAAGCCUCUCUCGAAUCACAAAUGACCACCAAGCUAGCCCACCUACAGACGGAGUACGAGACCCACUCGCGGGAGCUGUCGGGAAUCAUCGAGGCCAGAAUCAGGGAGCUGAAAAGGUAG